CUGCAGCACCAAUACCGCGAGUGCCAGGAACUGCUCAGCCUCUAUCAGAAAUAUCUUUCCGAGCAGCAGGAAAAACUCACCCAUUCCCUUUCCGAGCUGGAGGCCGCUAAGCAGAAGGAGCAUCAGAUGUCUAGCCAGAGAGGUCAUGGACAGCUGGUGCCACCUUCAGACAUGGAUGGCUCCUACCUUGGUGUAGCUCGACUACAAACUUUGCAUAAGGACCACAACUUAACUUGUAGAAGCCCUAGUCUUCAACCUUCAACUCGACCUGGUAGGAAUAGGGGCGUCCUUGAGGCCGGCACCCCCGGAGGUCAGACGGAGGCCAGGAACGGUCGUCUUUUGCAAAACGGAUUGCCCCAUAAAUGCAACCACAGGGCAUCUCCAGCCACGCAGCCAUUGGCUCCUCUUCUUCGGAGAACUCCCGAUGGGGAGAAGAGGAGGAACGGCUGUCCUCUUCCGGGGUGUCCCUUCCAUCAAAAAUUAAGAAACUCGGCUCACGAGUCUUUCCAAGACGCUUGCCACAUUCAAGACCGAUAUCCGGGGGCCCCGUGCGAAUCCUCCUCGGAAUAUUUCGGCUCGCCGCACCUUCGGAGGCCGAAGGCCGGCGAUGUCACGAGACCAAAAGAAGCCGAUCAGCGCGGCCAGAACUUCUCCGAAGAGAAAAGGAAAGAGCUCCUGCUCCAGAAAAUUGAGCUGGAAAUCGAGAAGGAGCGUCUGCAGAAUUUGUUAGCGGAGCAAGAGGCCAAACUUCUCCAGCAGCAAGAGCAGCUCCAGCAAUCCAGGCGGGAGUAUCAUCGGUUUAAAACCCGCGCUGGCAAUCCGGAAGACGGGCUGAUGGGGGAAGCCCUGAUGGGACCAGGCUCCUCGGCUCCGGCCCUGAACGGGAUUUGUGAUGGCCUCAGUUCCCCCAAGAUGGACUGCGAAGGCUGCCUUUUGAGGACACCCUCCAGGAGAAGCUUCAGAGCACCAGAAGGCAACGAAAGGGUUGAUUCGGGGAUGAAGAGCAUGGGCUUCAGUAGUGACGCAGACGGCCCCACUCUUUGGGACAGCACGAAGAAGGAGCCCGUCAGGUCCAAACGAGGGACGUCUGGGAAGGAUUCCGCCACGUCUCCUGGAGUGACAGCCGUCAAGAAGGAGCUUGUGACUGCAGCCACCUCCCCAAUGCAGCAAGGAGCUUGGCGAUACGAGACUUCUCUCCUGGACCUGGUGGCUGCCAUGAGCCCGAGGCAGGAAGAUCACCACAGCUUUCCCAGAGGGAUCCAGCCCCAGAGCAGAACCGGCGGGAACCCCCGCUGGGAUUGGAGAUCCCCCAGAGCCAAGAACGGGCUGGCCGAUUUGGAAGAGAGCCGGAUUUUGGAGGAAAUAUUUUUCAUUUGAGGGCCUUGGGGGGCUUCGAGGACUGUUUUUUUUUAACGCCUUCCUCUUUUCUCGUCUGGGUGCGUGGACGUCUUCAGGAUCUUUUAAAUUAUUUGUCUGACCGACGAUUGUCUCCUCUCUCUCUCUCUCCCCUUAGAGAAGCGAAGACGGUAGCUCCCCUCUCCCACCUCUGAAUCAUGAUAGAGACGAACUGCAUGGAGUGUUAGUGGAAACUUUCCAGGGGGAUUUUUCUCUUCCGGGGAUUUCAUUGCUGAAGGGGGCGGAAAAGUCACGUCGUUGUGCAAAGGAUGGUGUUUCCUUAUUGAUUUUUGAUUUUUUUUUUUUUUUUUUUUUUUUUUUUAGUGUGGAAACCGUUUUCCAGGGCUUAGUCUCUCUCUCUUGCCCUCCCUCUCCGCUCCCUCCCUCUCCCUCUUUACUCCGUUCCUUCCUCCUUCUUCCUCCCUUUCUCUCUUCUUGUCCCCUCCUUUUCUCCCUCUUCCUCCUUCCUCCCUCCCUCUCUCUGUCUCUCCCUCUCCUUCCUUCCUCCCUUCCUCUCCCUUGCCCUCUUUCUUCCUCUCCCCUCCAUCCUCCCCCUCCCUCUCUCUCUCUUUCUCCCUCUCCUUUCUUCUGUCUUCCUCUCCCUCUCUUUCCCUCUCCCUCCAACUCUCUCUCCCUUUUCUUCUCUCUCUCCUUUCCCUCUCCUCUCCCUUCCUCUCUUUUCCUCUCCUCCCUCCCUCCCCUCCCUCUCCCUCUUCCUCUCCUUCCUCCCUCUCUCCUCUCCUCUCCCUCUCUCUCUUUUCUCACUCUCCUUCCUUCUCUCUCCCUCUCUUUCCCUCUCCAACUCUCUCUCCCUUUCCUUCUUUCUCUCCUUUUCCCUCCUCUCCCUUCCUUCCUUUCCUUUUCUCUCUCCUCUCCUUUCCUUCCUCUCCACUCCUCUCCCUCUCUCUCCCUUUCCCUCUUCCUCUCCUUUCUCCCUCUCCCUCUCUCCUCCUCUCUCUCCCUCUCUCUGUCUCUCUUUCACAUAUCCAAGGCCAUUCCCGCAGUAUAAUUUUCCAUUUGCAAAGCAACCUUUGAAACGGAGAGCGCAGUGCGUUUUCCAAAAAUACAUCCCCGGGAAUUACGAACCGUUUCCCUGGUCUUUUUAGGCAGGUAACUUAAAAGUAACUCUCUGCACUUCAAUGGUUUUCUUCCCAGUUAAUGAGCCUUUGAUAGAAGAUGCCUCUUUAAAGACAAUAAAUAAAUCCAGGGCGCAUCGGAUACAGUAUGUCUGAAAUACCAUUCUCCCCUUCAUUUCAUUUGCUUACUCUCUUAAAGCAGAACGGAGCAUCUCCAUCGGAGCUGCUCCGUUCACGGUCGAGAGAGAAAGCACCGGACUUGCAGGGCGAAAUUAAUUCACUCCGUGUUUCCUGGGUCUAAAAGGCUUCCUUCAUUUCUGCAACCUCUUGCCUUGAUGUUGUAAAUAAAGACGAAUCAGUAAUUA